AUGGAACCUAAAAAGACCGAUCACUACCCCCAAAUUGUACUUCCUGUCGAAAUCGUUCUAUUGAUAAUCGAGCAUCUCAUUCCACACUCUGCGGGCCCUCGGCCCAUUCUCCCCGCUAUCAGUCCAAUUACAAAAACCCUCCUCGCCUUUACAACCGUCUCGAGAGCGACUCAUUUCACUGCAUCAAGAAUGCUCUGGCAAAACUGCCUCUAUAUCGAUUCGAGAGAAAGACUUCGUGCCUUGAGGAAGUCUGUCUCUCAGAAGAGCUUUAUUACUGGCUGCACAUCAUGGGAGGCUUACGCACCGACAAGGAUAUUUCUCGGCCCAUCCUAUUUACCGGAAGAAAUCACGGAAUCUGAAAAUUCACCAGUGGCCGAUGAAGCUUCCAGCAUUCAUCGACUUGACUUAACACCUGAUGGCGAGCUCGUCCCGCUGGGUUUUGAAACGACAGCCGACGACAAUGAAGAAACUUUUCGGAAUAGACCCGAUGGACCUGACGACCAGCUAGUGCCAGGGAUCCCUAUGUACUCAGACCUCCAGAACCUCUCGAUUGUCGAAGAUGUAAGGAUGGUUCUCUUCACGUUGGCCCCGGUUCUGAAAAUACUGGUUGUGGACAUGCCUUUGCGGAAUCUAUACCGUGAAGACGACCAUUGCGAGAUUCGAAAGAUUCUCAGAGAGGGGUUUGAGGCAUUGGUCGAUAUUGAAGAACUUGUCAGUGUACGGGAUGAGCUAUAUCUUGACUCAACAGGAGGCUUCGAGGACCCCCAGGUCUGGAUUCAAUGGCCCAAACUCAAGCGUAUGGCGCUUUACAACGUUUCAGCGGACGAAGAACUAUGGCAGAAUAUGCUCUUGUGUCCACAACUUGAAACAGCUAUAUUCACAAGAGCAGACGAUGUUGAAUAUGAUGAGCAUUUAAUCAAUGUGAAAAGAGAAUGGUCUAGGGCAUGGGUUGCAGGUACCUCCGGAGUACCUACGACAAACAAAGGCCAAGGGCGAUAUUCAGGACCCGAAAUCACAAUAGCGUUCUGCAACACUGCCCCAGAGCUACCGAAAUUUGGCAGCUAUAUUCAUUCCUGGCAUACUAUGGAUCCCGAAAAUAAGAUCUGUGUUUUAACUGUGCCAACCGACACGAUAUAUUUCGGGCAGAGCCCCAAGGAUUACCCUUGGCAUAACGACCCGAUUGGAGUCAGCCAGGAAUGGAUCAGGAACCGAGCAUUAACUGGUACACUUUGGGAGGAUAUCAAGAGGGAGAGCUUUUUUAUAAGUUCGAAGAGCGGACAGGACAUCUGA